AUAGUGUUCAGUUGUAGAAAUGGCAGCGCUCAGACAGGAGCAUCGGUAUGGGCUCUCCUGUGGGAAAAUCAACAAAAACAACCCGAAUCAAACUCUGUAUCACGUCAAACUCACUGAUACUGCCAUCCGGACCCUCGAAGCCUACCAGAACCUGAAGGCAUCACUAUCAAACCAGCCAGCGAUUUGCUUCAAGGGGAGCCAGGGGUACAUAAAGAUCCCAGCGCCGACCCCUGAAUCUCCUGAUGGAUUCAGAGUCUUCUCGUUCUACCUGUCCAGUGACAGCAAAGAGAAGCCUCAGUCCAGCUUCGACUGCAUUCACCAGUAUGUCUCAGGGGAGGGCAGGGAUCACCUGGAGGGCCAGGGCAGCAUUCAGGACAAGAUCACAGUUUGUGCCACAGACGACUCCUACCAGACAACCCGGGAGCGCAUGUCUCAGGUGGAGAAGGACAUCUGGAGCCGCUCUGCAAUUGAGAUCAAGCCGGGGCCAAGUAAGUGCGUAAAGGUCCAGAGGAAGCAGGGUCUGAUAUCAGGCUCAGAUAGCAGCAACAAGCACUCCCCCAGCAACAAGAGGAGCCUGGUUCCCAGCCCUGUGGCACAUCGGCCCUUGAGGGAUCGCAUCAUUCAUCUCCUGGCCUUAAAGUCCUACAGGAAACCUGAGCUGCUACUGUGGUUGGAGAGGGAGCGGGCCGGUCCAAAGGACAAGGCUGACCUGACCUCAGUACUGGAUGAGGUUGGUAAACUGAACUCUAAAGACCACAGCUACUCUCUGAAGGAUGAGCUCUACAGACACGUCCAGAGAGACUGGCCUGGAUAUCUAGAGGAGGAGAAGCAACUCAUCCAUAGGCUCCUGAUGAGGAAACUUCAGCCACUCCACAGUAGCCAGUUGAAGAGUCCCCAGUCCAACCAUUCAUUCCACAAAACUCCCGGGGACUCUCCUUCACAACUCAGUCCUGCCAAGAAUCUCUCUGUGAAACGCCCAUUGCCCUCGGACCCAUCCAACUGUCAGACCCCCAAAAAACAAAGACUAUUAGACCAGUGUUUGCCUCUGCAGUCGCCCUCUUAUGGAGAUUACAGCACCAAUGGGGCUCGUAGCUCCUCUAGUCAUAGAAAUUCUAGUGUACAGAUCAAACUGGAGUUCGACAAAACCAACAAUCAUCUCCAGGGGAGCCCAAAUCGUCUGUACUCGCCGCACAAACUCAGCAGUUCAACUACUAUUCCUAAACUGGAGAGGACAGAGCCAGCUCCUUCUGCACCUAGCCCUAAGCCCCCACACACUGACACCUCCAUCUGCACUGACCAACAGUUCACCAAUGGCCAGCAUAAAAAGAAGAGGUCCAAAAAGCAUAAAGACAAGGAACGAGAGCGCUUAAAACCAGACUGGAUUGAGACCAGUCCAGAACUGAAGCAGAACCAAGAUAAUCUCAAAGACCAUGAGGGAGAGAAAACACCUGUCAAUCGAACCUCAGCAGAGGAACUGCCGGACUAUUUAAUAAAAUACAGCACCAUAACAGCACUGGAGCAGCGGCAACAGUAUAAGGACGACUUCUGUGCCGAGUAUGAUGAAUACAGAGCUCUUCAUGACCGGAUUGGGGCUAUCACAGACAUGUUUGUUCAGUUGGGCUCAAAGAUCAAUACUCUCUCCCCUGGAACACAAGAGUACAAGCUCAUGGAGGACCAAAUACUACAAAAAUACCGAAAGUACAAGAAAAAGUUUCCUGGGUAUCGGGAAGAGAAGAAGCGAUGCGAGUACCUCCAUCAGAAACUGUCGCAUAUCAAAGUCCUGAUCACAGAUUAUGACCAAGCACAGGAACUCUCCUAGUAACUGGCCUCUGCCCUCAGCAGGGUGUAAUAUGACUGGACCAAAAGACUCCUUAUGGACGCAAAGACUUCCCAGCUUGGUCCUGGAGUCGCUGAGACACUAUUCACUUUACUCCUCCGAGUGUUAACGGAAUCGAGGAGCGAGGUUCUUUUUUCAAAAGUGGGCUGCGACCACCGACUCGUGAUCAAAUGUUGCCCUUUAACAUUAUGGUUUUCAACUAUGAUUAUCGCUGUAAUGGCGGGAUUUUGUUCUGCUGUAAAAUGGUCAGAUGACACAGUGAAAGCCAAAUCCAUUUUUUCUGAAAUGCAAAACAUAUGUGAUCCUUUCCAUCUUAAAUGCAUUUUUUAUGCUGUCCUUUAUCUCGUCAGACGUCAAAAGCGUUGAUUUAUAAAAAGUAUUAAAUUGAUGGUACAAUCAAUCUUAGGGGAAAAAGUGCUACUAAAGUCUUUAUAUUUAACAUAUAGAGGAAUUUGUUUAUUUGUUUAUUUGCUGAUAGAAAGUCAUUAGUUUCAUUAGUUAGCAUUCAUUAGUUAUAGUGAUAAGAUCACAUGACGACAAUAAUAUGGUCAUGCCAUGAACAGUGUAACAAAAUGUAUCAUCCAUACAAAACCUAUAUUUCUGCAGGACUAACACCCUGCAAAGGUUUAACUCAAUGAAAUGAUCCCAAAAUGAAGUUUAACGCAUAAUAUGCAGAGCUGUUUCACAAUGUGCUACAGAAUCUGUGGUCAGGACCAGUUUCUUUAGGCUUUGAUCAUAAGGAAUUUCACCCCGUAGCUUUCUGCCAACUUCCUGUUUCAUUUCUAAGAAAUGUGUGCCACAAAAUCAUUCCUCCCAGUAUCAUAAUGCUGGUUUCAAGAUAGUGCAUGUACACAUUUAGUGUCAGUUUCACCCACAUGUAGCCUACCAUGAACUGCCUUUUCAUUAUCAACUAACAAAUCUCCCAAGUCUUUUGGUUAGUUUGCUGAUACACAGUACAGUGAUCUGUAGAUGAAUGAAUACAAGUUGCUCUUUGAAACAUACAUUUUCACUUUAAAAGCUUACAGGCUAUUUAUCUUUGUAAUCAAGCUUGUCCGAACAUUUUGAUUUACUAUGAUUUUGCUUUGGUUCAAUGAAGUCUUGAUGAUGUUUAAUAUGGGAUUUUAUUGAAUAACAAUAAUUCACUUCAGUGAGUGUUACAUUUUGAUGUUAUUCUGCUGGAUGUGAUAGAGAUGCCUUUAACAAAUUGGACUGGGUAAAUUUUAGCCCCAUGUGUAAAGCGUGGGAAGGAUGGCACUGUGGGUCGGUCACUCAGUUCAAACUACUUUCUGGAAUUAUUUGUACAAAGGCAGGUACAUCUGAAUAACCACAAGCUGUAAUUUUAUUUCAUCUUAAUUAGCUGUGGCCUGAAAUAGGAAAUAGUGAUCAGAUUUCAGUGUUAUUUGGACAUUUGCAUCAGUGUAGCUGUACUCAAAACUGUUGUCUUAAUAAUGGUUAAAAAUGGGGGGAUGAAGCUAAUAUUUGCCUUAACAUAUUUGUUCAGACAUUUCCAAGAUUACAGUAUCCCUGUUCUGAAAUGUUUGUGGUUUAACCUGCACAGUUCAAAGCGUUCUCAGACUAUUUCUGUACAUGUCUUUUAGUUUGAAGGAAAGUUCAGUUACUGGAUAGUUGUUGUGCAACAGUUGUUUAAUCUGUGUUGUUCUUGUUUUUUUCCCCAUGUAUGUUUUAAUCAUUUUCUGUUUUAGCUUGUUUUGUCAGAUAAUCAAUAACUGUAAAGGAAUUUAAUUCACUAUCCAAUCCUAUCAAGCACCACUAUCAAAAGAAUCAUUUGCAGAAAUCUAUACAAAAUAAUGCGCUUUGCUUCUCUUGAUUUCUCAAUGCAAAUACCUACUCAAUUGUGACAUAUUUAGCUGCUCUUUUGUGUAAGUUAAAUAUACGUUUUUUACAUUUGGUAUUCUGGGAUGUUUGAAGGAUUUGAGACUAGCAACAGUUGCUUUGUCUUGGCACAUAUGAACAUUUCCAAGAAAGGAAUAUUUAUCAACACUGACUAUAUGAAAAAUGAGAAUUGUAAGCCCAGACAGUGUUUCAAGCAUUAAAUAUCAUCAAAGCUAAAAAUGCUGGAUUCUUAAAGCCUGUCUUACCUACAGAAAUUUUUCAUUAUUCUGGCUGUUUCAGGACCAGGACCAGACCUCACACUCUUUUAUGAUUUAUUUGUCAAUAUGCAUUUUGAUGAGCUUAGAAAAUGUGCUACAUAGCUUCACCCAACUUGAGAAAAUGUCCGAUCAAAAAUAACUGAAAACAACUGUACUUUGUUCUGGUACUGGAUCUGAAUAUCAAUCGUGCCUGGUUCAGUUGUAUUUAAAAACAAGAGCACAAGAACUGCUCAGAUAUAGAAAACUAUUUAUUUGUGUUUCACUGAAUUUUUUCUUCAAAAACAAAAACAAAAAGGUACUGAAACAUUUUUAUUAAUGAUGGCAGGAUGGAAUCGCUACAUAACACCAUUCAGACCACAACACCUUAAAAGUAAUAACAAUUUACAGAACUAAUUCAAGUUAAGGGCUUCCCAUUUACCACAUAAGUAGUGUUGGUCAAUUGUACAAUAAAUAUGUAAUCAUCCCUGGGAAAAAUAUCAGUCUAAUCAUAGUAUGAAUGAAGAUAUUUGUACUAUUCAUGUUAACAUGUUGUUUUUGGGAAACGAGACCCUUGGUGAAAGGAACUUCUCAAGUGCUAACAGUGAUGUUUUUUUUUUUACUCUUGCAGGAGCUAACUACUGAAGGUGCCUUUUCCAUUCAAAGAGCAGAGCCACUCUGCAUGUAACUAUCAUUGGUAUUUGGAAAAAAAAAAAUACUUGGGCCAGCAGUCUUUACACAUCUGUAGUUUCACAGUCUUCAAAGUGCUUUGUUGAUAAUGUUUAGAUUAAAUUGGUAUCGGAUGUCUUGUAAAAUGUAUGAAGUGUAUUGGCGCUGACAUGAUAUCAAUUAAAACAGAACAUUUUUCCAGACAUGAAAAUUCAGCAUUUUAAAAAUGCUAGGUUUUUCAAGACACCAAUUACCAUCUAGUGUUAGCUAUUUGCAUACAUGUAUAUCUGAAAGAAUGGCCUGGAUUUUGUUUUAAUUUUUGUUUCCAGCCCAGCAAACUGUUUCCACAUAUUUCAUACAGGUGCGCUGAAUUGGUUUGUUGGAACUGGAAAAACAAUGUCUCAAUGGAAAUGUGAAAUCAAACAUUUUGCCAAGCAUAAAUCACUGCAAUUGAUCUACCAAGGAGAACAAAUUUCUUUAUUUAUUGCUUUUGUAUGUGUUUGUCCUUUUAUGGAAUUCAUCUUUGCAUAGUUUGUUCAUUCUUUUCGCAAAACUCAAAAGUAUGGUGAAAGGGAAAUGGAAUAUAUUUUUGCAAUUUUUGAUGGUGGAUGCUUUAUCACAAUGUCAUCCUCUUUAAAAAAAAAAAGCUUUCAGAAAAAAAGUGUCUCAGUAUAAUUGAAAAAUAAAGCUCUUUUCAAUUCAA